GCUUACUGAGAGGAAAAGGAAAGUGUGCCACAGGAAAUGGUGAGAGAGAGACAGUGUCGAAGAUGAAAUGGAAAUGGCCACUGUGCGGCAUCGGCCAGAAGCUCUUGAACUGCUGGAAGCCCAGAGCAAAUUCACCAAGAAAGAACUUCAGAUCCUCUACCGAGGAUUCAAGAAUGAAUGCCCCAGUGGUGUUGUUAAUGAAGAAACCUUCAAAGAGAUUUACUCUCAGUUCUUUCCACAGGGAGAUUCGACAACAUAUGCACAUUUUCUGUUCAAUGCAUUUGAUACUGAUCACAAUGGAUCUGUAAGCUUUGAGGACUUUGUGAUGGGUCUUUCCAUUUUGCUUCGAGGGACAGUACAAGAAAAACUCAACUGGGCAUUUAAUUUGUAUGACAUAAAUAAAGAUGGAUAUAUAACUAAAGAGGAAAUGCUUGAUAUAAUGAAAGCGAUAUAUGAUAUGAUGGGUAAAUGUACAUAUCCUGUUCUUAAAGAGGAUGCCCCCAGACAACAUGUGGAAACAUUUUUUCAGAAAAUGGACAAAAAUAAAGAUGGGGUAGUUACCAUAGAUGAAUUCAUUGAAAGCUGCCAAAAAGAUGAAAAUAUAAUGCGCUCCAUGCAGCUCUUUGAAAAUGUGAUUUAACAUGUUGGUUAGAUCUUGAAUUUAAUAGACAAAUGUGAACUAUUCUAAAACAAUACUUAAAGUUGGAGUUACCACUUUUAGCAUAGACUGCUCAGCUUUACACUGAAGCAUAUUAUGCAAAUAAGCUUUGUUUUAUUAUAAAGCCAUCCCCAAAGUUAUUUAUUUCCAAGAUAUCAAUUUGCAUCCUCUUCAUUAUACCACUGAGUUAAUAGGAUGUUCCAAAAAUUUCCUACCAUGAGGCUAUUCAAAGAAAUGAUACCUGACAAACACAUAAUUUUAUUGAUACUCCAACCCUGGGAUUAUUGAGGCUUUCGCACAUCAAAGUGAUGUUAUGAUAGUGGUUUUUGCUACCCAUUUGUAUUAGAAUCUAACCCCAGGAUUAUAAAUGUUUUUUUCUAAAAUAUUGGCAUCAGUGUUUAAUUUACAGAAAUUAGAUUUCAUUUCCAUAUUUGUAUGCUGUAAUCCCAUUUAUAUACUUUGAGUAAACAAAAACAAUUACCGCUAUUAAAAAAUUAUUUGCAGUCCCUGUUUUUGUGGGUUUUCCUCCUUUUGUUGAAGUCUCCUUUUGCUGAAGCCUUUAAUUCAUUUAUCUGGCAUUUUUCUACUAUUAGAACUAAAACAAUUUAUUACCAGAUGACAGCAUACUUCUUUGGAGUAAGGCUUAUUAAUAAGCAUUUGUUGGUUUUCCAUAUUAGAACCCAAAUCCCACAUAACGUAUAUAAUUUGGGACUUGCUCAAUAUGAUAGCCCUCACUGGGCUUCACUCUUCCUAUGAAAGAAUGAAAAUGAGUGAAUCCUAGUAUCACUACAUGAAUGUCCAAGUCCACAAUAUCCACAUUGUCUACAAUGAAGAUGAGGAUUUACCCUUCCACCACCCAGGUUUAAAUUAAGGCUCACUAGUAGAUGAGCAUCCAGUAACACACAUUAAUGAUUAAUAACAAUCAGCCUAAGGUCAGGUUCAUCUCUGGCCUGACUUUACCAUUUGCAUUUCUAUGACACAAAGAACACUCACCUAUAUACAGUGGGGAAGAACAUUAACAUAAUUUCAUUUUGAAGGAAAAAUAUAUUAAUAACUAUAAUAAUGGGACAGUAGAGAAUGAGUUAUUAUUUCAAUUAUUUAACUGGAUUAUUUGAGUGGAUUAACAGCACACAAGCCCCAAUUUUAAGUAUCAUCGUUACUUUCAAGGAUCUUAGGCCUAUAAAGUUCCCACAAUAAUACUAAAGAUACAACCAUCUUCAUUUUUCUGCAAAUAUCACAAAAACAAAGAAGCUUCUGGGGUAGAAGGAAUUUUGCAACUUUGUUUCACAAAAAUAUAUCAGGGAUCUAUUCUGGUGUAAAGAUAAGAUGUUGAAUGUUCUGCUAUCACCAGUGUAGGAUUAAGAGUAGUACAAUACAUGUACGCUUGAAAUUUGCCAUUAGAGUAUGUGUGUGUGUGUAAGCUCAAUGUAUACAUUUUGUAUUUUAAAAAGGAAAAAUAAACAAAAGUAGAAUGUAUAUAACCCU